UGCUCUUUCAUUGGGCAUUCUUAUGAAAUAAAUAGACGCUUUAUUUUUGUGAUCAGAAUACUAGGAAUAGGAUACGAAGGUUCGUGCAAGUUUUGUGGCCUGAUGGACAUGCCGUCUUUUUUAGAUGAAGCUACGCAUACAAUAUUAUUGAAGCACAUUUUAGAUUGUGGUAAAACCAUUGCAGAAACCUUGAUGAAAAAAGCUGUGAAUCAAGAAAAAGAAGCGACAAGUGAAAAUGAGAAUAAGAACGAUUUGACUGUAUCGGGAGAUGGAACCUGGCAAAAACGGGGAUUUACAUCGUCAUUUGGAGUUUCUUCUAUAAUUGACUAUUAUACUGGAAAGAUUCUUGAUAUAAACAUUAAAAGUGCUUAUUGUAAGCUAUGUGAGUAUUGGAAAAAGAAAAGAAAUACGGUUGAGUUCGAGGAAUGAUAUGAAUCGCAUGAAAAUGAGUGUAGUGCUAAUCACAAGGGGUCUUCGGGGAAAAUGGAGGUGGAUGCGAGAUUGAAAUGUUUCAACAGUCUGAAACAAAACAUGGAGUUAAAUAUACAAACUACAUUGGCGAUGGUGACUCGAAAACCUAUUCUGGAAUUAUGAAAGCAGAUCCUUACAAAAAUACAACCAUAAAUAAAAAGGAAUGUAUAGGCCAUGUCCAGAAGCGGAUGGAGACUCGACUGCGUACUCUGAAAACUAAACAAAAAGAUCUUGGUGGUAGAGGUAGGCUUACAGGAAAAGUAAUAGACAAAUUAACUGUGUACUAUGGUUUAUCAAUACGUCGUCAUUGCGAUUCUAUUGAAGAUAUGAAAUCUGCUAUUAUGGCAACUUUUUACCACUACGGUUCGACUGAUGAAAAUCCGAAUCAUGAUAUGUGUCCCAAAGGCGAAGAUUCUUGGUGCUCUUACCAGCGUGCUGAAGCAAGUGGAGAGCUUGAUACUUAUACUCAAGAUUAUUCUCCUUUACCUCCUGAUGUUUUAGAAGCUAUUAAACCGAUUUACGACGAUCUCAGUAAUGAUAAUUUACUUUCAAGAUGUGUAGGUGGAUUCAAUCAGAAUAAUAAUGAGAGCUUCAACCAACUAGUGUGGAAAAUAUGCCCAAAAACCGUGAAUACUAGUUCUACUAUCGUACAAAUUGCUGCAUACAUAGCUACUUGUAUAUUUAAUGAAGGUACGAAUUCAUUAUUAAUGAUGAUGGAUACCCUAGGACUUAAUUGUGGGUCUAAUUCCCAUCGGUAUGCUGAAAAAUUGGAUGCUGCACGUGUGAAAGUGGCAGAUCAGCGCGCCAACGACAACACUCGGGAAGGCAGAAUGCUUCGUAGGCAACAGCAAAUUGAUGUUUUGGAAACUUCCACAAUGGCUGAAGAACUAUUAUAUGGCCCAGGAAUAGAUGACUCGAUAUGAAUCUCCAAGGACUUAUGAUUGUCACCGCAAGGACCUUUUUUUGAAACUGGGUCAACACAAACAGCUAUAACUUUGGAAAUUUAAUUUUUUUU